UAACAGGAAGUGGGUCUUCAUCCGGAAGUGUGAAACAAGGUGGGUUCUUUUUUAAUAUUUGCCAGAGAAGCUAGCCUUCGGCCUUUUGGCUCCCGAAAUUGUAGACACUCCUGGCAGCAGCAAAAGGAGGAGGAAAAGGAGAAAGAGAAGGUCUUCACUUUCCAACAAACAGCAGAAAAGAAGAAAGUAAAGAGUUCCUAAGAAAGACAUGAAUGACUUUGCAGUUCUCUGCACGGGCCGCAAGAUGCCCCUCAUGGGUCUGGGGACGUGGAAGAGCGAGCGUGGAAAGGUCAAGCAGGCCGUCUUGUGGGCCCUGCAGGCCGGGUACCGCCACAUCGACUGCGCCGCCAUUUACGGCAACGAGGCGGAGAUCGGAGACGCCCUCCAGGAGACGCUGGACCACAACAACGCUCUGAGGCGAGAGGACGUGUUCGUCACGUCCAAGCUGUGGAACACGCGACAUCACCCUGAGGACGUGGAGCCGGCGCUCCUACAAACCCUGAAGGACCUGCGGCUGGAAUAUUUGGACCUCUACCUGAUCCACUGGCCACACGCCUUCCAACGCGGAGACACACCUUUCCCCAAAAAGGAGGACGGCUCGGUGCUGUACGACCAGGUGGACUACAAGCUGACGUGGGCCGCCAUGGAGAAGCUGGUGGGGAAGGGUUUGGUGCGCGCCAUCGGCCUGUCCAACUUCAACAGCCGGCAGGUGGACGACAUCCUGUCUGUGGCCAGCAUUAAGCCCGCCGUCCUGCAGGUAGAGAGCCACCCCUACCUGGCCCAAGUCAAACUGCAGGCCCACUGCCGGGCCCGGGGCCUGGUGAUGACGGCCUACAGCCCUCUUGGCUCCCCAGACCGUGCCUGGAAACAUCCGGAUGAACCCGUCCUGCUGGAAGAGAACGCCAUUGCAGCGCUGGCCAACAAAUACAAGAAGUCCCCCGCUCAGAUCAUCCUCAGGUGGCAGACGCAGCGUGGUGUGGUGACCAUCCCCAAAAGCGUGACAGAGUCGCGUAUCCAAGAGAAUAUUGAGGUGUUUGACUUCACGCUGGAGGCAGAGGAGAUGAGCGGCAUCGCGGCGCUGAAUAAAGACUGGCGCUACAUCGUUCCUAUGGUCCAGGUGGACGGGAAGCAAGUUCCUCGGGAUGCGGGACAUCCUCAUUACCCGUUUAAUGACCCUUACUGAGGGAUUUGUGCCUUCACGUGGCCCCCAAAACUGCCCCUGCCAAAAAACACACCCUCCUUGUCUCAUGGUUGGUUGUGGUGGAGGACAAUCUUUUUUUGAUGAAUGAACAGGUGGUCACUUCCUGUUUACGUCUUACUUAAAGGGCAACUGCACUUUUUUUUUUUAGGAAUUUUGUCUUUCGUUCACAAUUCUUAUGAGACAAGAACAUGUUUUUUUUAAAUGCAUUCUAAUUUGUUAUGAUCGUCUCCUUCUAGGUGGCUAGCAAUGAAGCUAAUGGGAGCAAUCCAUGCUGCUUCUAAACCAAUUUUAAAAAUGCAGCCAAAAAACGACAAUACUUCAUUUAUGUUCGGCAAGCUGUUAAUUACUAAACUGCAGCAACGUUGUUAUUGUAAGAGCGAACACUGAGGACCUGUUUAUUUAGCGUAGUAUCACAUCGUCUUGCUAAGCCGUAAGAUCGCCUCUGUGCCAACACAUGAAGAGAUUUAGAGUUUUUAAUGCACAAAACAAUGCGAUGGGACACAAAUAUGUACGGACUGAAAAACAUGAGCUAUUAUAUUACAGUAUACAGUAAGUACUAGCCCACGUUCCAUUUGUACAAGCUCGACACUUGUACUAACAAGCUGCGUGUAUCAUGAUCAAUAUUCUAGUGACUCACUCCAUGGACAUUUGUCUGUUUUUUCCAGUUUAUUUUGGGUAAGCACACCAUUUAUGUCUGCAUAGCUCGGCUCCAAUUUCCACAUUUGCAGUUUCAAGUCACGCUGGUCUCCACUCUCUCGGCUUCCGUCUGAUCCAACGUUUCACCCUUCCUUCGUGCUUGAUAAGCCUCUUUACCCAGUACCGUAAUUUCCGGACUAUAAGCCGCUACUUUUUCCCCUCGUUCUGGUCCCUGCGGCUUAUACAAGG